CGCGAAAAACGAUUGGUUUAUUCCGUGGAGGGUUCGAAAUUUAAAAAUGGUUGACAAUCUCGUUCAGGCAUGCCAAAAAUAAUUUGAAUCACACGUAUAAUCCUAUUUAUACUCUGAUGUCAUUUGAACAGCAAGGAGAAGAUGUUUGACUCUGGUACACAAGAGAAAGAAGAAGAAAAUUUAGGGUGUGAUUCCCAGCCUGGUCAGACUACUUUAAGUGAUGCUGUACCCCAUGGCCAGAUUCAGAAAAUAUCUCAAGAGGGAAGCAAAAACACAUAUGUUCUUAUUCUUAGUAAAGAUUAUUUAAAGUCAGAGUCUUCUAAGGGCCAUUCAUUACUAAAAUAUUCCUCAAGAGGUUCUGAGGGCAGUAGAGCUAACUCAAAAUUAUUCACUGCAGCAGCAGAAAGGGAUUUUGAUUCACCAAGUGGAGAAGUUGCUGUCAGCAGAAAGAAGUUGCUUCACCCUCCAUCAGAUGUAAAGCUUAAUUUGUCAAAUAUAAAUGAUGAUGAAUAUGACAGUAAUAAGUCAGCAAGUAGUGUGUUUUUGCAACAGGAUUCUGGUUUGUCUGAACAUGACUCUGCCAUAGAGAUUGAUAUUUCACAGAGCAACUCUAGUGGCAAUACUCCGCAUUCUAAUUCUCUUAGCUUUUUUUGUGAAAAAUCUCAAAUGAAUGCCUAUGUAAUACCCACACCAGUAAAGCCUCGGAAGGAAAUUGUUGAAAAGCAUGCCUUUAAGAAGACUUCACCUCUUAAACUUAGUGAACAGGUUUCAAAGUCGGGGUUUAGUGCAUACAGCUCAAGUAAUAAAACUAGUCAGUCUGCUGUCAAGAAGGCUGUUUCGGUGACUUCGACCCAGGAUGCUAGUGUAUGCAGAGUUAAAAAGACUUCUUACACAAAUGAAGCAGUUCCCAUUAUGGGGCGAUCUACAAGCAGCAUUCAGCAUACACCUACCACUAUACUUCCACAGACUAAUCCAAAAGCUGUGCCAACAUUCAGUAACAUAUCACCUAUUAACCAGCAACACGCCUCACAACCUCCACAAAGCACCUUCAUUCCCAUCAGUCCUGCAGAAUCUCCAGCCAAUGGUGCUAAGUCUACUGGUCCGCUUACAUCUACACCUCUCACAACAGAAUCAGAUCGCCGGUGUCAGCCUGUUAGUUUAGAAUCGUCCACACACAGGCCAGUUUAUAUUAUACCAUCACCAUUUGCUAGACAGAAUUCUUUCCCCAUAAAUACUCCAACACAACAGAAACGUGACAUUUUCUCACCAGCGGUACAAACACCUUCAAUGAACAAUAGCUCUGGUUUUAUAAGUGCAAGCAGCAGUUUAGAAACUCCAGAUGCUUCGAGUUCCUUUGAUGCAGAAAAGAAUCAACAGUCGGGCAGUCAGUACUCCCCUAUGGACACAAAAGAAGUUGAUUCAGAAUCACAGUCCGGUAUUGGGAUGAUUGGACUAUCAAAACAUGAUGGAUCUGGUGGCGUUGUAAUAACUGUGAAUGAGGAUGGUGAUAUUGAAGACCUGGAUCAGGGUUUUGAUUCAAACUCCUUGGACCCUUCAGUGUGCAGCUCACAGGAAUCAGAGUCUAGUGAGCCAGUAGAGAAAGUUGGAUUGAAUCGGUCAUUGACGAAUAUCCAGUGGUUGAAGGGUAUGCAACUGAAUGAGGAGAAAGCUUCCAGUCACAUUCAGUCUCACCAGCAGCAGAAUAUUCAGUGGAUGACACUUACACCAGAAGAAAUCAAAGCUAUUAGCAAAGAGUGUGGAGCCACAAAGCGGCCCCCCUUCUCAUAUAUGUCAAUGAUCCAGAUGGCGCUGUACAGUCGAGAAGAUCGUAAAAUGAUGUUGAAGGAAAUCUGCAAGUGGAUAGAGGAAACAUUUCCGUACUACAAAUUUACUGCCAAGCCAGGCUGGAGGAACUCCAUCCGACAUAAUUUAUCGCUUUACAAUAUAUUUGAGCGUGAACCAGCUAAGCGACAUGGAUCCUACUGGACAAUCAAGUCAGAUGUUGAACCAAAAAUGAAACACUAUCCAAGAGAAAAACAUUCAAGUUCCCAUAAUACAUCUGACAUGCAUCGUUCAGUGUCGACACUGCCUUCACAGAUACCCCUCAUCCCUAUGUACAGCUCCAUGGGCCAGCUUGCAGCAGUCUCUCCACAAACAUUCAGUCAUUCUGUACCAGUGUCAAACAAUGCUGCCACUAGGAGGAAAGGUCCACCACCAAUUCUGCCUCGACCUACACCAUACAGGGCCCCACAGGCUUAUGCCCUAAUACCCAUCCCAAGUGUGAACCAGUCAUUUAAUCCUGCCAGUCCUAACCCAGUUCAACAACAAGUUCUUUUGAACCUGUCCCAAUCUGGUCAGAUGUCAGCUUGUCCUAGUCCCAUUAUUUCGGAAGUCUCAGCAGCUGUUGCCUCUAUCCAAGUGUCGGGUGCAAGUCCCAUUCCCCAAGAGCAUUUCUGUGAUACCAAAAGUGUACAACAAGAACAUUUUUAUAACAAACCCAUGAACAUUGUGAAACAAGCAUGGAUUAACUGCCAAAAUAGUGAAACUGCCUCGUCAGUUGAAAGUGAUAGAAUUAAUCAAACUGAUGUCACAAGCUCAAGCGAAAUAGCCAGCUCAACCGAAUUCACUGGUCAAAGAACUAAAUCAAAAAGACCUCGUGUAAAGCCAGGGUUACCAAAGCCAACGCUUUAUAAAAAUGAAGAAAGGAAGGCAAAAACGUCUGGUUCAAAGAAGCGCAAGCUUCAGCAGAAGGUGAGGACACUGUUAAACGAAAGUUCCGAUGAGGAUGAAGGUGUAGCAAAAUUCUUAUCCAAGCUCGAAAAAGAAAUAUUUUCGAAACCAUUGAAAUCUUCUGAAGCAGAGGAUAUGGAACAAUUGUUAACAACCUCAACUCCAGCGAAAGAGCUGCAUCUUUCUACAGCUGAUCUUCCCUCACCAAUUCAAGGCCUUACCCCAUUAAGAGGCAGUGGGUUGUUUGAUGGCAGUUUUCUUGACACGGCAGACAGGAAAGGUUCAGGGUUAUCUCCUUAUGCCAACGAUAUAAAACGAAUAUUGCAAAACUCUCCAAGACUUAGUGAAAAUGCAGAUGAGUUUUUAGACUUUAAUGUGCUACCAUCUCCAGAUAAGUUUGAAGGAAGUCCAAGUCAGAAUGGAAACUUGUCCAGAAUUUUAAAGGAAUAUGGCCUAGAUCCAGCCAUUGAUAAUGCAGAAAAUUUCCCCCAUCUUAACUGGAGUGUUGUAGAUCAAAUAGUAGAUAGCAUGGAUACAAACUAAAAAGAAUUAAUUCAGCUUUAUUUUCUUGCUUGAAUACAAUUUUAUGUUAAACAUACAGCUCAAAAAUGGUGAAUUUAUGUAAACAUAAGUUGUAUUCAAAGUGAAUUUUUGUGGGGAGGGGGGCUUUGGGGGCUGGAUGGGCAAUAAAUUUGUGGUAUUGGCAGUUUUUUUUUUUGCUUUACUUUCACUUAUAGUAUAUCAAAAAAGUUAUUACAGUGUGUAAAGGUAUCUUUAAGAAAUUGGGUGAUAAUUUUUAGCUCGACUAUUCAAAGAAUAGUCUAGCUAUUCUACUCACCCUGGCGUCGGCGUCGGCGUCUGCGUCACACCUUGGUUAAGUUUUUGCAUGCAAGUACAUACAGCCAUCAAUUAAAGGCAUAUAGCUUUGAAACUUAUUUUUUCUUUUUCUAGGUCAAUUACCAACCUCUCUGGGUCAAGUCCCAUAACUCUGACAUGUAUUUUGAGCAAAUUAUGCCCCCUUUUGGACUUAGAAAAUUUUGGUUAAAGUUUUACAUGCAAGUUACUAUCUCCAAAACUAAUGCAGAUAUUGAUUUGAAACUUUACAUGUGUUUUUCGGGUUAUAAAACUAGUUGAUAGCAGCAAGUCCCAUAACUCUGACUUUCAUUUUGGCCAAAUUAUGCCCCCUUUUGGACUUAGAAAAUUCUGGUUAAGUUUUGCGUGCAAGUACAUACAGCUAUUUCUAAAAGGCAUAUAGAUUUGAAACUUAUUUUUUCUUUUUCUAGAUCAAUUACCAACCUCACUGGGUCAAGACCCAUAACUCUGACAUGUAUUUUGAGCAAAUUAUGCCCCCUUUUAGACUUAGAAAAUUUUGGUUAAGUUUUACAUGCAAGUUACUAUCUCCAAAACUAAUGCAGAUAUUGAUUUGAAACUUCACAUGUGUCUUCGGGGUUAUAAAUCUAGUUGAUAGCAGCAAGUCCCAUAACUCUGACCUUCAUUUUGGCCAAAUUAUGCCCCUUUUGGGACUUAGACAAUUCUGGUUAAAGUUUUGCGUGCAAGUACAUACAGCUAUUCUA